GAUUCUUGGACCAGACCACCCGUAUACCCUAACAAGUGUUAGAAAUCUCGCUAGUAUGCUUCAAAGACAAGGAAAGUACGAGGAAUCAGAGACGAUGAACCGGCAUGCAUUGGAUGGGCGCAAGAGGAUCCUUGGACCCAACCAUCCCAAAACUCAACUAA